UUUGCCAGGCCCUGAAGGCCGAGGGGAUGGUAUGAGUGUUGACUGAGGCCUGUCGGUCCAUCCAGAGUGAGCUCCCUGAGGCUGCCAGCAAGAGCCCCCAACCAACCCUGGGAUUCCCCCUUCCUGUUGGGAUCUCUGAGGGUUAAAGCAGAUUGUGAGGAAGAAGCUGAGAUGCCCUGUAUCCAAGCCCAGUAUGGAACACCAGCACCAAGCCCAGGAGCCCGUGACCACCUGGCAAGUGACCCCCUGACUCCUGAGCUCAGUAAGCCCACCAUGGACCUGGCCAGCCCCGAGGUGGCCCCUGCUGCCUCCACUGCCCUGCCCAGCUUCAGCACUUUUAUGGAUGGCUACACAGGAGAGUUUGACACCUUCCUCUACCAGCUGCCAGUAACAGCUCAGCCGUGCUCCUCGGCUUCCUCCUCAGCCUCCUCCACAUCCUCGUCCUCCGCCACCUCCCCUGCAUCUGCUUCCUUCAAGUUCGAAGACUUCCAGGUGUAUGGCUGCUACCCCGGCCCCCUGAGCGGCCCACUGGAUGAGACCCUAUCCUCCAGCGGCUCUGACUACUAUGGCAGCCCUUGCUCAGUCCCGUCGCCAUCCACCCCCAGCUUCCAGCCAUCCCAGCUUUCCCCCUGGGAUGGCUCCUUUGGCCACUUCUCACCUGGCCAGACUUACGAAGGCCUGCGGGCAUGGACAGAGCAGUUGCCCAAGGCUUCUGGGCCCCCACAGCCACCAGCCUUCUUUUCCUUCAGUCCCCCCUCUGGGCCCAGCCCCAGCCUGGCCCAGAGCUCCCUGAAGCUGUUCCCUUCGCCGACCACCCACCAGCUGGGAGAAGGGGAAACCUAUUCCAUACCAGCAGCUUUCCCAGGCUUGGCACCCACUUCCCCACACCUUGACAGCUCAGGGAUGCUGGAUGCACCCAUGACCUCAACCAAGGCCCGGAGCGGGGCUCCCAGUGGAAGUGAGGGCCGCUGUGCUGUGUGUGGGGACAAUGCUUCAUGCCAGCAUUAUGGUGUUCGCACCUGUGAAGGCUGCAAGGGCUUCUUCAAGCGCACAGUGCAGAAAAAUGCCAAGUACAUCUGCCUGGCUAACAAGGACUGCCCUGUGGACAAGAGGCGUCGAAACCGCUGCCAGUUCUGCCGUUUCCAGAAGUGCCUGGCUGUGGGCAUGGUGAAGGAAGUUGUCCGGACAGACAGCCUGAAGGGGCGGCGGGGCCGGCUACCUUCAAAACCGAAGCAACCCCCAGAUACCUCCCCUGCCAAUCUCCUCACCUCCCUCGUACGGGCACACCUGGACUCAGGGCCCAGCACUGCCAAAUUGGACUACUCCAAGUUCCAGGAGCUGGUACUGCCCUGCUUCGGGAAGGAAGAUGCUGGGGAUGUGCAGCAGUUCUACGACCUGCUGUCGGGUUCCCUGGAGGUUAUCCGCAAGUGGGCCGAGAAGAUCCCUGGCUUUGCUGAGCUGUCACCAGGUGACCAGGACCUGCUGCUGGAGUCUGCCUUCCUGGAGCUCUUCAUCCUCCGCCUGGCCUAUCGGUCUAAGCCGGGCGAGGGAAAGCUCAUCUUCUGCUCAGGCCUGGUGCUGCACCGGCUACAGUGUGCCCGUGGCUUCGGCGACUGGAUUGACAGCAUCCUGGCCUUCUCCAGGUCCCUGCACAGCUUGGUUGUUGACAUCCCUGCCUUCGCCUGCCUCUCUGCUCUCGUCCUUAUCACCGACCGGCAUGGGCUACAGGAGCCCCGGCGGGUGGAGGAGCUCCAGAACCGCAUUGCCAGUUGCCUGAAGGAGCACAUGUCGGCUGUGGCGGGUGAGCCCCAGCCAGCCAGCUGCCUGUCACGUCUGCUGGGCAAACUGCCUGAGCUGCGGACCCUGUGCACGCAGGGCCUGCAGCGCAUCUUCUACCUCAAGCUGGAGGACUUGGUGCCCCCUCCACCCAUCAUCGACAAGAUCUUUAUGGACACGCUGCCCUUCUGACCCCAGCCUGGGAACACAUGUGCACACAUGUAUACACAUGUGUAUGCACUCUCUUAUGCCACCCCACGUGCCUUUAGCCCAUGGACCCCAGGAGCACCUCCCAGCCUGGACUUGAGCUGCAGGUCUGACCUACCUGCUCACCUGCUCUAGGAGGCUGGCAGGGGGCUGAAGCCCUGGGGGAGGGGGUGCAUUCAUGGGGGUGACCCCACUAUUUGUCCUACCUUCCCCCCCAGCCCAGCCCUAGCCUUCAUGUUUUUUGUAAGAUAAACCAUUUUUAACACACACUGCCGUGCUGUAAAUAAGCCGAAUGCCACUGUAAAUACAGGAAGGAAGAGGUUGAUGUGGGAGUGGGGGUUGGGAGGGAGGGAUGGGGCCCCCACGGGCCAGGGCAAGCUUUUCCAGCCUCCUUUACUUGCGCUCUCUUCCCACCCUUCUUCCACAUGUACAUAACUGUCUCUCUAGGAAGAAGACAAAUGACAGAUUCUGACAUUUAUAUUUGUGUAUUUUCCUGGAUUUAUAGUAUGUGACUUUUCUGAUUAAUAUAUUUAAUAUAUUGAAUAAAAAAUAGACAUGUAGCUGAAA